GCGGGACUCUCUCAGGGUUGGGCAGUAGCAGAAUGCACAUCAUCCAAGCAAAUCUGCAUCGCUCUAGGCUAGCAACCAUAGAACUAAUACAAGCAGCGGAGAGGAAGGGUAUUUCGAUGGCUCUAGUGCAAGAACCUUAUGUAGGUAAUACCGGAGAAAUUAAACAAUACCCGGGCAUAAGAGUCAUUCAGUGCACAAUCAAUCGCCGAAAACCCGUAAAAGCGGCUGUAAUGAUUUUUUCGGAUCGGUUGAGGAUUAUACACGAUCCUCAGCUAGUAACGGAAACCGAGGCAGCCGUACUGGUAACUUCGGGUAGUUUGCAGCUUGGAGUGAUAUCUGUUUACCUUGAGGGAGAUCAGGAUAUACAUCUCAAUCUGGUACGCUUAAAGGAAUUCAUACCAAAGUUAAGAACAAAAAACCUCAUCGUGGCUGGAGACGUGAAUGCCUGGAGCCCUUGGUGGGGCAGCAGCUCUGAAAACCAAAGGGGAGCAGACUACAAUUCGUUCCUUAACGAAAUGGACCUCCACAUACUCAAUACAGGAGAUACACCAACAUUUGAAGCACUCAGACAGGACCGAUUUUAUACAAGCAUAGUGGAUGUUACAGCCUGCAGUACAUCUUUGCUGGAAAGGGUUCAAGACUGGACAGUCGACAGAGGCCUUACAACUUCCGAUCACAACGCCAUUACAUUUGACUUGCACUUGGAAAGGGCAUUAGAAAUUACGAAGCCCACAACAACGCGAGUCUACUACACCAAAAAGGCCAAAUGGAAUCAAUUUAAAUGUCACCUCAAAACCUUUCUGUCGGAGAAACAGGUAACUCCACAAAAAAUAAAGAGUGUCCAAUCACCUGGGGAACUAGAAGCCAUGGUCACAGCCUACAUUACCGCCAUCACAGAGGCAUGUGAAAAAGCUAUUCCCAAACUAAAGGUGAAGAAAGGGAAAUCUAAACCUCCAUGGUGGACAGGGACCCUGGAGGAUCUAAAAACUGAUGUGCUCCGAAAAAAAAGGAGGAUAAGGAACGCAGCUCCCUCUCGCAAAAAGUUCGUCAUUGACGAAUACAUUCAGGCAAAGGAAGCAUACGCGUCAAAAGCAGAUGAGGAACAAACAAGGAGUAGAACACAAAAGAGGGAAAGUAUGUGGGAUGGGGUAUAUAGAGUCAUCAGGAAAACCACAAAAUACCAAGAGGAUGUUCUCUUAAGGAACGCAGAGGGUUUAACUCUGAGUCCGGCUAAGUCAGCAGAAAUGCUGGCGACAACGUUUUACCCUGAUGAUUCUGAAAAUACAGAUGACCCCGGUCAUGCUGAUCUUCGAAAACUAACGGAUGGGAGGAGUCUUAAUGAAAUAACCGAACUUUCGGAGAACGACCCUAUCUUUUCCCAGGCCGAGGUAGAUUUAGUGCUUAAUGCACUCAAUCCUAAAAAAGCCCCUGGGGCUGACGGCCUGACGGCUGACAUCUGCACAGUGGCUAUCCAGUGCGAAAGGGAGGUGUUCCUUGCCAUAGCAAAUACAUGCUUGGAACGGGCAUACUUCCCAACACAAUGGAAAUCUGCACACGUUGUUGUUCUCCGGAAACCGGGCAAGGUGGACUACACUCAUCCGAAGUCAUACAGACCAAUUGGACUCCUAUCCGUAUUUGGAAAAAUAGUAGAGAAAUUGAUGAUAGGAAGAAUCCAAUGGCACACCCUUCCAACUCUGCACAAAAACCAGUAUGGAUUCCUACCUCAGCGUGGAACAGAGGAUGCCCUCUAUGAUCUGGUGGAACAAGUAAAAGCGGAAAUCGACGCCAAGAAAAUCGUUAUAUUGGUAUCGCUAGACAUAGAGGGUGCCUUUGAUAACGCCUGGUGGCCUUCUCUAAAACAACAAUUAAUCGCAAGGAAGUGUCCUAGAAACCUGUACGCCCUGGUGGACUCCUACCUCAGUGAACGGAAAAUCAAGGUCAAUUAUGCCGGAGCUAGUAGCGAAAAGGCGACAAACAAAGGUUGCGUCCAGGGAUCCGUAGGGGGACCAACCUUUUGGAACCUUAUUCUUGAUUCGUUACUUCACAGACUAACAAGUGAGGGGGUUUAUUGCCAGGCGUUCGCGGACGACGUGGUUCUCUUGUUCUCGAGCCAUAAGGUGAGCGUCUUGGAGCAGUCGGUAAAUGGUGCCUUGGAAUUGGUAACGGCCUGGGGGGCUAGUAACAAGCUCAAAUUCGGGGCAAGCAAAACGAAUGCGAUGCUGCUAACAAGAAAGCUCGCUUUUAGCCCCCCAGAUCUGUACAUGUCGGGUACCAGGCUUAACCUCGUAGAUGAGAUAAGGCUCUUGGGCCUCACCAUAGAUAGAAAACUAACUUUUAAAUCCCACAUAUCCGCAACGUGCAAGAAAGCUGCAGACAUCUACAAACAGCUAGCACGCGCGGCAAAGGUGACAUGGGGUUUGAACGGCGAGAUAACGAGAACAAUCUACGUCGCGGUCAUUGAGCCAAUUGUGCUUUACGCUGCGAAUGUAUGGGCCCCAGCGACGGAGUUGCAGUUGACUAAAAAACAACUAAAUGCUCUUCAAAGGGGAUUCGCGCAAAAGAUCUGUAGAGCUUAUCGCACAGUGUCGCUCACGUCAGCAACGGUUUUGUCGGGCACAAUCCCACUUGACCUAAGAAUUCAGGAGAGUGCUAGUUUAUAUCGAAUCAAAAGAGGAUUCUCUCUAGACUAUCUACCACCAGGAAAAGAGCUCGAAAGGGAUGUACCUUACCUGGACCAGCCACAUCCCUCGAAAUUAAUAUCAGUAAAUUAUGAGCUCCUGGAGAGUGGUGACUCGGGAUCUUCUCUCAUCGGCGAAAUUACCGGUCCUCAUAUAUAUACGGAUGGCAGUAAGAUUGAUGGAGGAGUCGGUUCUGCCCUGACCUGGUGGGAGGAGGGGCGCGAGUCGGCCUUUUCCACUUUUAGUCUGGACUCCGCCUGCACAGUCUUUCAAUCAGAACUAUAUGCACUGAAUAGAGCCACUAAAAUGGUGGAAGGCAGUAGAGAGACAAGAGUAAAUAUUAUGAGUGACUCCAGAUCCUCUCUCGACGUCUUGAAAAACCCCAAAGUGAGCCAUCAGUUAGCUAAAGAAAUAAAACAAUGUAUUGGAAACAUCAGGGAGCAGGGGAGAGAGAUUCGAUUUUACUGGUUGAGGGCCCAUGUUGGAACGGUCGGAAACGAGAGAGCAGACGAAUUGGCUAAAGCCGCUGCCAAAACAAAAGAUAACACCACAGCAGACUACACUAGAGUACCCAUGUCCUAUGUCAAAAAGAAAAUCAGGGAAGAAACCAUCCGGAAGUGGCAGGACAGAUAUACAACCUCCACUACUGGGCAGGUAACUAAAGCUUUUCUCCCGGAUGUCAAGGAGGCAUAUCGAUUAGUGAGAUCGACCAAGUUGACACCUGCCCAAGUUCAGGCGUUGACGGGACAUGGAGGGAUCGCUGAGUACCUGCAUCGGUUCAAGCUAAAAGAAAGUGCGGGUUGCGAAUGCGAUCCAACUAUCAGUGAGUCUGUAUGGCACAUCAUUCUCGACUGUCCUCGUUUUCUGGCCGCCAGAACCAACCUAGAACAUCAAAUUGAUGCAAACCUGGUCCACUCUGAACUGAGUUCUAUACUAGCUGACAAAUCUAAAAGACCGCACUUCCUGGGUUACAUGGAUGCCAUUUUUUGCAGGGCGGCUGAAAGAAACAGCACACUUAAUAAAAGGAGCCAAACAGUAACCAGCUUGGAGAGUCGAUAUAAUUCCGCCAUGGUGGCGUCCGAGACUCCGCGUACAACAAUAGCUGAUCCGCUCACUAUUAACGAACAGCAAAUCCUCUUACAAGGAGAGCAUGGUACGAAAGGUAUACGAAUCCGAGGAGUGGCUUUGUUCAUGAGCACCGGCAGCGAGAGACUGGGGAUCGCCUUCUGCAAUACCUCAAAUCAGAAAUGGCUCAAAAUAUCACCGGGCCUUGCCUCCCUGUUGAAUGGCAGCACCUUUAAAACAAGCAUGAGACGCAAACAAUAUGAAGCGCUUCCAGAAAUUAAACUGAUGGGUCAAACCUGUCGACUGUUGCGAACGCGCAAUAAAACUAUUGCAAUGUUUCCCGGCGUUGACUCAAUGACCUGUUUUCAACAAGCAUGCAAGGUGCUGUCCGGUAUAGGUAGGUGGGGAGAAGUGGAUGGCGUAACAUCCAGAAUAAUUAGCGUGGAUGCCGCAGUGGUGGCUUCCCAGAAAGGAAAAACAGCGGAUCUCAUGGGCUGUGUUGAAGCUUCAGAACAUCAUGAAGUCAUCGUUUAUGAGGACAGAGGUCAAGACCUUAGUUUCCUUAGAAAAACGGUCCAGGGUCCUCCAAGUGUCGGCUCUCCAAGCGGCUCAGAGCGCUUACAACAAAAAUAUUCUGAACAAAGCGCUCUGCAAAAACAUGAACUCAACAUCGAAAGGCAAAAUAGGGAACGAGAUUCACGAAGCAGCAUGUGGGCAAUAACAUCAGCUAUAUGUACAGCUGUGGGUCUCGUUUCUUCACCCUUCAGAAGAAGUAUGACCGGAUCCACGCACGGGGGAGGGCAUGUCGCUCAAGUACAACCUAAUCAACCCAAGUCAUCGCCAACAAGAGCCGCCAUGGGUCACGUCUGUCCGCCGAAACUCCGCCAUGCAGAUACUCCCAGAGACCAUCUCAUAAACGCUUUCCUCGAGUUUGUCGCAGUAAUAGAAGCUACAAAGCAAGUCAACUUGCGAACGUGCAAAGCGAUCCUGCAGACUUACCUGCAGGGCAACGAGCUGAUACUGGAUGACAGGCUCGAGGCUGCGGAAGCAGUCAUAUACGACAACAGUACAUCGAAAGUAUUGAGAGGUGCGUCAAUAAGUCGUAGUAUGGCAGCUUAUAACGCCACCGCAGGAUUUGUGUCUCUGGAUGAGAAAGAGACAGAAAAACACGGAGUUGUGAAAUUUAAAACACCCCCCGAAGAUUCCUUAGUGGUGGUUGCCAGGUGUACCAGGAUUAUGCUGGAUGAUGGGAUCUUGGAAAUGGCAAAAUCCAUCUCAGGAACUGGGCCGGACGGAGUAGUCUUUAGGGACUGGGAUACUCCGAUGUUUCAUUGGACGAACGGUGUACCGGGAUGCGGCAAAACUACUUGGAUAAUGAACCAAUUCGAAGCGGAAAGGGAUUUAAUUGUCACCACAACAACAGAAGCGGCAAAUGACCUCAGAGGCAAACUGUCCUGCCGAAUCGGGGGAUUAGUCAAAUCUAAGGUCCGAACAAUGGCGUCCAUUUUAGUGAAUGGAGUAAAAGAACAAGAGAGCUGCCACCGAAUCAUGGUAGAUGAGGCUCUCAUGAAUCACUUUGGGGCCAUUGUGAUGGCUGCACGAAUAACUCAGGCCAAAGAAGUCCUACUUAUUGGUGACGUGAAUCAACUUCCCUUUAUUGACCGCGACAACCUCUUCCCCCUCGUAUACACCCGCCCUGCACACAUCGUGGCCGUGACCCGGGAACUUCUCUGCACUCACAGAAACCCAAUGGAUGUGGCAUAUGCUCUUGGUAUUGUGUAUUGUGGCAUAUACUCGUCUAAAUCAAGAGUGAGAUCCCUUGAGUUAAAAAGUUUUUCAAGGGCGCGGAUCCCGAAGUCUCCCCCGAACACGUUAUACCUGGUACACACUCAGGUAGAAAAGGAAUCCCUCAAAAACCAGGGAUACGGAUCGGGUAUGGGGUCACGAGUACUCACAAUACACGAGGCCCAGGGGCUGUCGUAUGCGGCAGUGGUGAUUGUGAACACAACGGACAGGAAACAGCGGAUACACGACAGUGUACCUCACGCCGUGGUAGCUAUAUCGCGUCACACUGACAGUUGUGUCUACUACACGGACAUAAAUGAUGACGCAAUCAGCAAAAUAAUCAGACGGGCGCUGGGUGAGGGUGAGCAGGGAAUCCUGGAUUAUAACCUAAAAAUGGCAAUAAAAAAUAGAGAUGCGCUGGUCGUGAGCGCUCUUCUGGGUGGGGACGGUUCGUAAAGCCGCACAACUGCUGAAAAGGUCCAGAUAUA